ACGACGAGGAUAAAGCAAGAUGGCGUCUGACGGUGAAGACGUUAUUGCAGUCGUCACAGUUCAGUGUUCUUAAUCUGUGCGUCCAUGUACACAUAUAUGUCCUUUAUUAGACGCUAUUAAAUAGAGUAAACAUCGUUCAUAACUGUUUGCAUCCGGUUAUAUUAGUCUGAGCGCCCUUUGACGAUUCUCGAACUAGCUUAGCCUGCUAGUUAGCUUAGCUUGUUAGCUGCUAACAAAGAGAGGCGGAAGUGAUCAAAACACAUCGCUUAGCAGAGAUCAAGUGUGAGUGUAAAGUGUUGUGAUUGUGUGAAAAUGUGCGAAAGAACGAUAGCAGAGUACGAGGAGGAACUUUGUCCAACAAAAGAGGAGAAGGAGCGACAACAUCAAAAACAUCAAGUUGUGUUACACAGAACAGACAUCCAUCAGCUGAUUGGACACCAAGAAGAAUGUCUCCCUCAUCUGCAGGGGGACAGUUUCACUUUAGAGUAUCCACAGCCCUCACAUUUUAAAGGGGACGAGGAGGAUCCACAGCCCCCCUAUUUUAAAGAGGAAGAGGAGGGAGAGUGUCCUGUAGGGCAGGAGGAGGCUGAUCUCACCAAGUUUCCACUGACUGUUGUCUCUGUGAAGACUGAAGAGCAUGAAGACAAACCACCUGAGUCCUCACAGCUUCAUCACAGUCCAAACGUCUGUGAAGAACAUCUUCUCCCUGAGCAACAGAAGUGGAGCUUCAGGAUGGAGCCACAGCCCUCCCACAUUAAAAAGGGAGAGGAACACCCACUGAUCCCCCAUUUUAAAGAGGAAGAGGAUGACCCAUUGACCACUCACAUCAAAGAGGAAGAGGAGGACCCACUGACACCCCAUUUUAGAGAGGAAGUGGUGGCUCCACUGAGCCCUCACAUUAAGGAGGAAGAGGAAGACCCACUGACCCCUCACAUUAAAGAGGAAGAGGAGGACCCACAGACCCCUCACAUUAAAGGGGAAGAGGAGGAACACAGCAUCAAUCAGGAGGGAGAGCAUCUUGAAUGGUUGGAGGAGUUCCCAGUGACUGGUGUCCCUGUGAAGAGUGAAGAUGAUGAGGUCAAAGGUGAGAGUGAGGAGAAGAGAGAGGCGGAGCCUCCAAGCAGCAGCUCAACUCAACACAUGACAACAGAAGCUGAUGGAGACCACUGUGGAGGAUCACAAGCAGACAAGCUCUUAGCUCCACUAUCAGAUAGUGAGGACACAACGUCACACUCUCCUGACACUGAUGAUGAACACUCUAAAGAUGAUAAGACAUGUCACACUGACAACACACACUUCACAUGUUCUCACUGUGACAAAACCUUUAAAUCUAGUAAUUUGAAAAGACACAUGAGAACACACACUGGAAAAAAAACUUUUUCAUGUUCAAUAUGCGGUAAAGAUUUUACUCAAAAGCACAAUUUCAAAACACACAUGAGAACACACACUGGAGAAAAACUUUUUUUAUGUACAAUCUGUGGUAAAGAUUUUACUCAAAAGCAGCAUUUGAAAACACACAUGAGAACACACACUGGAGAAAAACCUUUUUCAUGUUCAAUCUGCGGUAAAGAUUUUACUCAAAAGCAGCAUUUCAAAGUACACAUGACAACACACACUAGCGAAAUACCUUUUUCAUGUUCAAUCUGCGGUAAAGAUUUUACUCAAAAGCACAAUUUCAAAACACACAUGAGAAUACACACUGGAGAAAAACUUUUUUCAUGUUCAAUCUGUGGUAAAGAUUUUACUCAAAGUCAACAUUUGAAAACACACAUGAGAACACACACUGGAGAAAAAACUUUUUCAUGUUCAAUCUGCGGUAAAGAUUUUACUAAAAAGCACAAUUUCAAAAUACACAGGAGAACACACACUGGAGAAAAACUUUUUUCAUGUUCAAUCUGUGGUAAAGAUUUUACUCAAAGUCAACAUUUGAAAACACACAUGAGAACACACACUGGCGAAAAACCUUUUUCAUGUUCAAUCUGCGGUAAAGAUUUUACUCGAAGGGACCAUUUCAAAACACACAUGAGAACACACACUGGAGAAAAACCUUUUUCAUGUUCAAUCUGUGGUAAAGAUUUUACUCAAAAUCAAAAUUUCAAAACACACAUGAGAAUACACACUGGCGAAAAACCUUUUUCAUGUUCAAUAUGCGGUAAAGAUUUUACUCAAAAUCAAAAUUUCAAAACACACAUGAGAACACACACUAGAGAAAAAAAUGUUUCAUGUUCAAUCUGCGGUAGAGAUUUUACUCGAAGGGACCAUUUCAAAACACACAUGAGAAUACACACUGGAGAAAAACCUUUUCAAUGUUCAGUAUGUGGUAAAGGUUAUAUAAAAAGACUGCAAUUAAAAUUACACAUGAGAACACACACAGGUGAAAAACCAUACUCCUGUUCAAGCUGCAACAAAAGCUUUCGUAACCUAGACACUCUUACAGCACACAUGAGAACACACACAGGAGAGAAAGUGUUGAGUUGCAGUGUGUGUGGUGAAAGAUUCUCUUCUAAGUACCAGUGUAAGAAACACAAGUGUGCUGGUGAGAACAGCAGCAGCAAAUGAAGAUGCAGGAUUUGAAAUAAACUGUCAAAACUUUAACUUUGACUUUCUAACAACAUCAGCACAUAUAACAUGUGUGACAUCAUUGUUGUGUGUGUAACACAAUCUUGUUAAUAUGAUUCUAACAUUUAUAGAUUAGACACUUCAGGUUAGUGCUUUUAUUUCAGUCAAGUACAUGAGUUAAUAUACACAUUUGUGUACUUUAAAAUGAACAGAACAAUUUGACCGAAAAGGUGAGAAUAAACAGUACAUAAAAUAUGUUACAUACAAUAAACAUUUUAAGUGUAGAUAUUCAUAAUUCACUUUUAUACUUAUUCAUAAUAGUGUUUUAUAUAUGAUUUUGAAAUAAUGAAGGGUUACAUAUUUUAUUUUGUAAUUGUAGAUGAUUCCAUAGAUGAACUCCUUUAUAUGAUAUACAUAUUUGUUUUACAUGUGUUCAUACCUUUGCUUUUGAGUACUCAUAAAUCCCUCUUAGUUCAUAUUUACUGGUUCACAUCUGAAACAUCUUCUGGACCACUUCUGGAAGCAUAUUAUUAUUUACUUUAUAUAUCAUUUGAACAGUUGUCUUUUACACAAUUUUAAAAUGUGUGACUUUAUGAAUCAUUUGUUGGGUCUCUAUAAUCCAUUCUAUUAAUUGUCUUUAUUACUCUGUUGUGUAAUAUGAAUAUUGUUGUGUGAUUGUUUUAUAUGUAUGUCCCCAGACCUUUAUGCAAUAAACAAUUUAUGCUUCAACUAAAGCUGGGUACAAUAAAUGUAGUUAAUAUUUGUAAGUAUGUAUUUUAUUCUAUUUAUUAUCGCGGUCAAUUUUUGAAAUGUUUUCUUUUUAUGACUUACUUGUAGUUUCCAGCUUACUUCAUCAUCUAGAGACUAACUCAGCCUGGAGGAUGUGUGUAAUGUUGAGAUGUAUUGGAGAUGACUUGGUUUGUUUGGAUGUUGCCAUCCUGUCAAUUGUUCUAUUUAAAAAAUGUUGUCAGGUCUCGCGAGAGAAACAAGCA